CUAAUGUCAGGUUAUUCCGAUUUAGGAGAUUAUGAUUAUGUUGAGAAACUUUACAACAAGAUGAUAAAAAUGAAUAUUCAACCGAGUUUUGAUACUUAUUUUACAUUAAUGUCGGCUUAUAUCCGAUCUGGUAAGAAAAAGCAAGCUUUAGAAAUCAAAGAUCGUUUAAGUGAUAGUGAUGGGAAAAGUUUACGACUUUAUAAUAUGCUUAUACAUUUAUACAUAAAAUUUAAUGAUUUUUCCAUGGCACGUCUACUAUUUGACCAGAUGUCAGAAUCAGAAUUUAAACCGAAUGUCGUCACGUUCAAUACUUUCAUUAACGGCUAUAUUAAUCAAAAUAAUCUUAAAGAGGCAGGGAAAUGUUUUGACGAAAUGAUUAAAUAUGGAAUUUCCCCCAAUGUGGAAGUUUAUAACACGUUAUUGAAAGGAUAUCUAAAUGUCUACGGAAUGUCAGCUGUAAAAAAAAUAUUUUCACAAAUGUCUAAUUAUGACAUUGUUCCUGAUGCUGUCACUUAUAAUACUUUGAUGCAAUAUAUUAAAAAACAAAAUGGAGUAGAUUAUUAUGAAAAAGCAAUUGAUCAAUAUAGAACAAUGAUUAAAAAAUCGAUUGUACCUUCCGAUCGAACUUUUAAUAUAUUGUUAAACUCGGCUAUAGUGAAAGACAUUAGGAAAAGUAGAUUACAUCAUCGUCGACUUUCUAAGUAUCAAGAGGCUGAAGAAUCAAUGGAAUUAUCCCUUAUUUUAAACGAGAUGAGAUCGAAGGGUUAUAUUAUUGAUAUUGUUACUUAUUCUAUUUUAAUGAAAAAUUUUGUACAUUAUAAGAAAAUGGAAGAGGCUGAAAAAUUAUUGCAACAGAUGAAAGAUAAUGUUAUAAAUCCUAAUCAAUACAUUUUCAAUAUAAUGAUAUACGGUUAUUGCAAAUCUCAUAAUAUGAGCAUGGCACAACAGGUAGUUAAAAAGAUGAUUAUCUCGGGAUUUUGGAAAGAUUUAAAAACUUAUACUUCAUUAAUCAAUGGAUAUGUUGCUAUUGGCGAGAUUGGGGAAAGUCUGAGAGAAUUUGAGGAAAUGAAACGAUCCGGUUUAAUACCAGAUAAAUUUGUUUAUACUUCUCUUAUUGAUAUGUUUGCCAACAAAAAAAAUACACGAAAUGCUCAGAAAGUUUUUGAUUACAUGCGUACACAAAGAAUUCCUAUGGAUAAAAAAACAUUUACUGUACUUAUGAAAGCGUACGCUCUAGAUGGAAACAUUAAAGGAGCAUGUUCUGUUUAUAAUGAAAUGAUUAAAGAAGAAUGCGAACCAGAUGAAGUGGUGAUAAUUACUAUGCUAUCUGCAUAUAAAAAAGGAAAGAAUAUUAAAGGUGCGAUCGAUCUUCUUAAAGAUUCUAAAAUAAAUAAAUAUCUCAACACACGAAAUUGCAAUAUUCUUUUAAAUAUGCUAGCUCAAGAUAAGGAUUUAUCAGAAGGAGCGCUUAAAUUAUUCAUGAAAAUGUUAGAAAGUCACGAUCAAUUAUCGACAUCAUCACAAGUAAAUACUUCUUUGAUACAUCUAAGUAAUGCAAGAUAUCCACUACCUGACUUAGAUAGUCUCCAGAUAAUUCUUAAACGAUUUAGUUAUAAUCAGCGAUGGGAUUUGGUCAUGUUAAUAUGGGAUGCAAUAGAUCAAAGAGAAAUCAAACCUUUAAUUGAAGAUUUUAUAAUAUUUAUGAAAGCUUUUGCUAAAGCAAGGAAUGAGAAAAAAUUAUCGCAAGUUUGCGAAAAAUUUCUAAUUCAAGAUCCUCCAAAUUAUCUUAUUUCAAAAAUGAGAGAAAUUCUUUUAAAUUAUAGCAUAUCUUCCGAACUUAUAAAUGAAAUAUUAAAAAAAUAAAUUGUCACCACUGCGGAUCCAAUGAUCUGCCUUGAUUAACACUAUUUGUCACGCAAAUGUAUAUUAUAAACAAUUCACGUACAGAACCGAAAUCCCAAUUAGACGUUAGACGUGUUAAUUAAUGCAGUGAUAUUUAAUUUCGUCGUUUUAUAUAAACAAAAAUUAAUCGGCGAUUCAGAACAAUGACAAGUUGAUAUUUUAUUUAUUUUAUUUGCUAAGCUAUUUUGGUAAAAAUCUAUUUGUCACACAAUAUAUACUAUUAAUAAUACGAUAAUAAUGGUGUGAUAACUAAUACAGUGAUA